CUACAUUCUGAAGUUAGCGCGGUCUCGGAGCGUGCGUGUGCGCAGAUCGAUUGCGCUUUACGAUUUUUAUCUUCUGGGACAUUGAAUGUACUAAACAGUUGUAUAUUCGCGCGUUUUGUGAUAAUGUGAAUAACCUUAUUUUUAGAGACUUCAAAUAUAUAAUAAUAUAUUGAAAAUGGCGGCGGAAAUCCUAUAUAAUAAUGCGACUUUAAGAAAGGAUUUCUCGGAUGUGUUGAUGGGACAUCUGAAGGGCGUUGGCCGGAUGUUUUAUUUGCAUUCGCCGGAGGAGACCUUGUAUGAAAAACCUGAAGAUGUGCCAAAUUUCUUUAGACAGUCAUUCCCUUAUUUCAUACUAUUUAUGAUUAUUGAACACAUUGUGCUAAGGUUCGAAGGCAAAAGCGGUAUACGACUAAAUGAUGGUGUUACGAGUAUAUCACAUGGAAUAUUUCAAGAAUGUGGCAGAUUAAUAUGGCGGGGAGCUGAGUCCUAUUUAUAUACUUGGAUAUACACAAACUACAGAUUGGUAGACCUCCCCUGGGAUAACACAUUGACCUGGUACGCUGCCGCUCUGGGAGUCGAUUUCUGCUAUUAUUGGAUGCAUAGGGCUUGUCAUGAGGUGCACAUAUUAUGGGCUCAGCAUCAAGUGCAUCAUACAUCUGAAGACUUCAAUAUGGGCGUAGGAAUAAGACAAUCGAUACUACAAGGAUGGUGUGGAUUUGCGUUCUACCUACCGUUGGCUCUAGCAAUUCCCCCAGCGCAAUUCGUGGUACAUCACCAAUUCAGCUACCUGUACAUGUUCUGGAUUCACACUGAAGCUAUCAAGAGCCUUGGCCCCUUGGAGUAUGUUCUCAACACCCCCAGCCACCACAGAGUACAUCACGGCAGCAACAAAUACUGCUUGGACGUCAACUACGGUGGUGUCCUCAUCAUUUGGGACAGAAUUUUCGGCACUUUCAGACCGGAGUCCGACAAAGUUGAAAUUGUUUACGGUUUAAUAUACAACCAACCUUCGUUCAAUCCAUUUUACUUGCAAAUAUUCUACACUGGUUAUGUGGUCGAAAAGUUCCGUAGUUUUACUAAUUGGGAACAUAAGAUUAAGGCUGUAAUUUGGGGUCCGAGCUGGCAGCCGGGCACAGCGAGACUUGGAGAUGAUGAUAUGAAAGAAGAUGUUGAAGUGAGAGACAAAUAUGACGUCCAUUUGCCGGCGUGGUGUAACCUCUAUAUAGUUACACACUAUGCGGUGGUUCUGUACGGCUUCUUCGAGCUAGCUUCACGAUACAUGGGUAUGACGCCGAUCUCAGUGCUAAUCUUCGUGGUGUAUAUAAUGUCUUCUCUGACUAUCAUUGGAAUGUUGUUCGACAAUUCCAAAUACGCGCCGCUGCUGGAGGUACUACGCUGUUCAGCCUUGGCCUUCCUUACUCGUAGUAUUUCAUCACCGAGCCCAAUCACAACACUCCUACAAAUAUUCUACGUUGUGUCUGCUAUGUUCUGGUGCUUGAAUACGAUGAAACUUCUAGAAAUCAAAAGAACAAAGCUAGAGUGAGCGGCUAUUACUUUAAAAAUCCUAUAAAAUUAGGCGAAUCGGAAUCCCGAAGACUGAAAUUAUGAUCAUAUAGUUGCGUGGCUUUUACCGUUAUAAUUGUUAAUUCUUAUAUUCCUUGUGCCAAAUAUAUUAUGUUAUACACUACCUAUAAUGUUACUAAUAAUUAUUAUUUUAAUGUACUUAGACAUAAUUUUACCUACGAGAUUGUUGUAAAUAUGUUAAAUCUAUUAAUUGAUCUGUUCUUUAAACUCUACAUUUAGUGAUGAUUUUAUCGUUAUUUUUGCUUGUUUUGAGUUUCCACGUUUUGAUAAGCUAAAUUUGUUAUCCUUUAAGAGAAUUUCAAUAUGAACUGUAAUAUUAAGAAUAUGAAUUCAAUGUUAAAAAGUUACUUUUGAAGUUGGUGUAGUUUUCAUACGAAGAUGUUUGAUUUUCUUGUUUGUGUUAAAUAUUUUAAAAGAAAUAUAGAAUCUACUAGUUUUAGUUUAAUAAGUAUGUAGAUAAUAUGGAUUAUAUUUACUGCCAAAUACAUAUAGUAGUUAAAUCGAUGAUGAUUUAGUAGCUCAAAUAAAGCACUUUUGUUA